AUGACCAACAAGGAGACAUUGGAAAAGGAGAAGGACGUAACCUCUAUUAUUAACACUCUUCGUUGGGUCUGUCUAGUUAAUGAAGAUUUUGAUAGUGAUGAUGAGGAGGUUGUACCUCAAGUUUAUUUAAGAGAUGAGGCAUCGACCCUAAUCCACAAGGGAUGCCCUAAGAAAAUGGGGGAUCCCAGAACUUUUGUUGUUAAUUGUGCUAUCAAAGAUUGUGAUUUUAGGAAUGCUUUGGCCGAACUCGGAGCCUCUAUAAACAUCAUGCCCUUUCAUGUGUUCAAUCGGCUCAAGUUUCCAUAUAUUUCUCCCACACCGCUCACGGUUCGGUUAGCCGAUGGGACCGUAAGGUGCCCACGAGGGGUGGCGAAGGACGUGCUUUUAAAGAUUGGUGAAAACCUUGUGCCGGUAGACUUUGUAGUUCUUGAUGUAGGAGAUCUAUACGUGCCUUUGAUCCUCAGAAGAACUUUCUUAGCUACUUUUCGUGCUCUCAUUGAUGUGGGCACGUGCAAGUUAACUUUGAAAAUAAAUGAUGAAGAACUGAGUGAGAUGAAAAAGGUACAAAAGGAGAGCGUUUGUGUUGCAAAGAAGAAAGUGAAGGCGAAGCCCAAAAUCAAGCCAUAG